GUCACUAUGUAUAAUACCUUCCAUUCGAUAGCUUCCGGUUAAGAUUAUAUUAUACUAUACUGUCUAAUUCUCCAAAUAUCCUCAUUAACUAAUUAAAUACCCUGAAGUUUUUUUUUGAAUUAUGUAUUGAUUUGUUCGAUUACUUGAAGACUGGUUAGCAUUUGGCAUUUGUAAAGACAAUGGAAUGGGAAAGUCCAGACCAAAAUUCUGGGGAGAAGAAUAAUAAUUCCGAGAACGACGAGCGCAAGACAUGGAGAUCAAGUAGUAAAUGUUAGUCUAUAGUUUGAUUAUUUUUUCUUUUUGAACCUGAUGUAGGAUAUUAUACGACUGGAAGUAGAGCCAAAUAGCAGCAAGUAAUUCCUAGCUUUUCUCAGCUCAUUUUCUUAUCUGCUUUUAUGGUCUUGCCCAAUUACAGCGUGAAGACGAGCAUAUUGCUGUUAAGAGUGACAUAAAAUUAUUUAAAAAGAUGUAAUAUACAGUAGCCUCUCUAUUUAUGCUUCAAAAUUAUAAAUAUUUAAAUUAUACAUUACAAAUAUUGUCUAUAUUUAAAGAGAUACAAAAAGAAAUAUUCCAGUAAAUACAACGACCUUUCCUUUAUACCUUAAAUAUAUUUCGAAGAAGAAAGUUUAAUUGUAGAAUAUAUUUUCUGUUUCAGUAAUGAGUUGCCUGACUGACGAAGGAUAUACUAAUGAAGUCUGGCCGAGACUAAAAACCUCUAUAAAUGAAUUGCUUGUUUCACAAGAUCGACGUUACGUUAAUAUAAGCUAUGAGCAAAUGUAUACCUGCGUUUAUAAAUGCGUUUGCUCCCAUAAGUCUGAAAAACUAUAUACGGAUUUGAUGGAAAUACUAACAAAUUACUUAAUAACUAAUUCCAAUGAAAUUGGGAAUUUUUCUAAGGUUUCAACUUCAGCUAAAUUCGUCGAGAAAUUUCAUCAAUUUUUAUGCCAAUAUUUAAGUGCUUUGAACGGAAUCGUGCCCAUAUUUAAUUACAUGAACAAAUUCUACAUUGAACUUCAGUUGCGAACAGAUUUGAAUAACGAGCUGUAUGCAUUGUUUGUUAAGCAUGUUGCAGACAGACACGAGCAGCAUUUGUUUGCUUGUAUACAAGAAGUUAUGAACCGUCCUUUCGAAACUACGCCUUUAAUUCUCCAUCAAAUAGUUAAGAACCUACAUAAUCUGAAGCCUGAAUAUGCUCUAAGUCGACCCCAGAUCUUCUCAAAGUACAUUCCCAAUUGUCUUCCACCAGCUCAGGUAGAAGAAUUGGAUCAAUAUAUAGAAGAAACAAAAAGAAUGCAACGGGAUCUUCACUCUCACCCUCAUUUUACUUCAGGUGAUCAAAGUCGAAAGAGACAAGUUGAUUGUAUGGACUGA